CGCAAGACAUUCAUCGUUGGAUGAAAAUGUUGCCGUGAUACAAUUUGGAACAGAGGUGAAAUAUCUGCAAUAUUUUUCCAACAACUAUGUUUCCUUGAUGGGAUUAUUAGAUGAUUUGUCAUGUUCUGGGCCAUCGCCAAUGAUUGAAGGUUUCCUUUUAGCUAUUCCUGCCCUGAAAAAUGGACAUCGAUUCACCAAUAUUGGUCCAUUUAACUGUAGAGCUAGAGUGAUACUUAUUUCUGACGGAAAGGCUACUUCCUCGACUGACUCCGGCUCAGAAUAUCGUGCUUCGGAAAAUGAAGAUCAGAAUAUUCAACUUUUGGACCUUGUACGGCAAAUAGGAAUUUAUAAUCCAAUUACAUGCAUACCUGUCGGAAACGAUCCUAACAUUUGUUUACUGGGGUCCAUUGCCUAUGGAUCUCGAGGAGGAAAAAUUCUACAUUAUGAAGAAGCCAAACAAUUUGCAAAAUAUUCAUUAAACAUGAUGAUUGCUGGGGACAUUCUUGGUGAUGUACCGCCUACUUCUUGCACUAUUGAUGACGUGAGAUCCUUUGUAUAUUCUACAAGAUUACACCAUGUGGUGACAGAAAGGGACCUGGAAGAUGUGGUGGAGAUUUUAAACAAUAGGCGUGUGUAUGAAAUGAAUGUAUAUUUAAAUGAAGAGCAGUUGGAGCGCCACGUGUAUACUGAACGUGAUGAAAGACUACCACCACCAGGAACAAGAGUACGAAAAGGUCCACGUUGGGCUUAUAACGAUCAGAACUCCGGUGGAUUUGGCACUAUAAUAGGACAUUGGAGCCGUGGUAAGAAUUGUCGAAUUUCUACAAGAGAAGAUUUCAUUUCUGAUUUUCUGAAUCAAGUUUUUUUUUACCUAUACAGAUGGAUGGGUGAAUGUUGAAUGGGACAGUACAUUAAGGUUUCCUUAUAAAUUUGACCCCGGUGAUCAGAGCAAAUGUGGCGUCAUCGUUUGUGAUGAACCUCGAAUACUACGAAGAGAAGAUAUAGCUGUAGGAUGUGUUGUUAAAAGAGGACCCGAUUGGAAAUGGGGAAACCAGGAUGGCGGUACAGGCAAUAUUGGAGCUGUUUAUAGAGUGAACGAAGAAGUGGUCUAUGUACGCUGGCCAAAUGGAAACAAAAGUAAUUACAGAUUCGGUUAUGAUGGAAAAUUUGAUCUUGAAGUUUGUGAUCCCUUUGACGUAGACAGAAUCGUAUCAUCUCAUAAAUGCAAAAAUCUUUCGAAAUGCACCUGUAACAGAGAUUUUGGUGUCAAAAAUGGAAUUCAAG